AUGAAAAAAGAUGAUUUACUACCUUUGUAUUUAGGAUGCAAUAAAUAUCUUAAUAUAAAAGAUUGUAUCCCAUCACUCAUUAAAGUAUUAUAUCUUUCUUCUGGUAAACUUGUUGAUAAGAUAUUUCUAGUGCUAAGAGUGAUUACAUCUGUUUUACCUUUAACUUAUGACCUUUUUGCUGGAGUAUUUGCAUUCUUAAAUUUAUAA